UUGCUCACGAUAAUAAUGCUAAAUCAGAUAUGAAAAAAAGAAUUAAAACUGUUGAGAUUUUUAAUAAAUUCAAAAAAUGGAAAAAUAUUAUAGUUGAUAAUGAUAGUAACAUUAAAUUAGACAAACAAUUCAUUGAUUCAGAUGAUUCAGAUAUGAUUGAGAAAUUUUUUUUACAAAAUGACAAUUUAGUCUCGAUU